AUGCAGCAACUGAGGGAACAAGCAAUAGAAAAAAAAGAAGAUGCACUGCUGGCAUCGGAUGAAGAGUCGGCAGAAGAGGAGGACUCUGUAGAAAUGGAUGUUCAUGAAGAAGAUGCUCAAAGUGUCGACGAUGACACUACUUCUAAUAUAUCAGAAGCUCAGUUGGAGAUGGAAGUUGAUGAGUCUCCUUCUCCACUGGAUGGAAGACAAGUAAAAUUAGGUAAUACACUUUUUACUUGUAUUGGAAACAUGUUGUUGCCCCAAAAAAGAGUUUUGAAGGGCAAGGAAAAGCGAGGAUACCCUACCUACAAAUGGAGUACUAAGCCACCGCCUCCUCAUCGAACUCCUGGUAGAAAUAUAGUCCCAUAUUUACCAGGUCCUGUGGGUGUUGCCAAAGAAGUGACUACAGAACUGGAUGCGUUUGAAUUGUAUUUCAAUAAAAAAAAUUAUUGA